CUGUACAGAUGUUUCAAGCAUUAGCCAUGGAUCGCCUUGAACGUUUGAAUGCUUUUCCCAGUGCUACACCUUGGACCUAUUUUCGUGCUUUUCUAUGCUUCUCCUGGUUUUUUCCUUGGACAUGCUCUGGAGCGGCAAACAAAAAAAUCUCCCACUAAAUCAAUAGAACUAAACAUUAGAAACCCUUUGCCAAAAAGCAGAAACCCUUUCUUUAGGAAACUUUCAUACCCUACAGACUCGUCUGCCAGACAUCUCUGCGAUUCAUACUCCUUCGUUGCGCGCCUUCAUCUCCACUCUCUCGUCGUGGCCAUCGGCUGCGUGGGCUAAAGGUCUGAUUCUUUGAGAGCAAUUAUGGAUAAAAGGGGUAGAAAAGAAAUAAACAAGAAGCUGCCUAAAUUGAUAGCGCCUGGAAUGUUGAGCCAACUUCGCACAAACAAACAGAACUUUGAACAACAUUGAGCCCCAAUCAUCGUUAUGUGUUCCAGAGGUUCUAAACCACACAAAUUAUUUAAAGAAAAGUCACUGUAAUAAUGCGAUUUCACACACUCUUCAUUGUGUGGGAGCUACAACAUUUGAAGGAGACAUCUCGUCCCACACUCUAGUUAUGCACUUUCAAGGAAGGGAACUAAUAGAAUAUGAUUUCAAUGAGGACAGCUCUUUCUUGGAUAUCUUGAACUUAUGCAAAAAGUAUGUUGAUAUCUAUUCUGUUGGUAUCAAAGUAACUGAUGGAGAUGGCAUACCUGUGAAAUGUGAUAAGGAUGUUAUGGCUUUAUUGGAUAAAAAUGAAGGUGUUCCAUGCAUAGAUUUAUAUUUGGAAAAGGAUAGAAAAGCCAAACCUUUAGGUUUUAAGAUGCCAGAAGACAUCCCUGGAUCAGGUGAUGCUGAGUAUCCGAAAGUAAGAAACGUCAAAAUACUUGGUGAUUUAAAGGCAAAUAAGAAAGUGAAAGUGUG